AUGAAUUUGGAGAAAUCAAAUUUCUUCAAUUAUUUUUAUUUCUCGAAUUUUCCAGAUUGUUUGCUUCGUUAUGGCUUGAUGUUAGGGUUUGUUGAUUGUGUUUUCUUAUUGGAUUUGCGCUGCGUUUCUCAGAUUGCCGGAUUUGCGUUGCGUCAGAUUGCUGAUCGUGUUUCCUUGAUGGAUUUGCAAUGGAUAAGAACUGAGAAUGAAUUUGGAGAAAUCAAAUUUCCUCAAUUAUUUUUAUUUCUCGAAUUUUCCAGAUUGUUUGCUUCGUUAUGGCUUGAUGUUAGGGUUUGUUGA